AUGCAUUCCGCCGAAAGACUAGAUUCCGGCCACCUCCCGCCGCCACCUCCGCCACCGCCGCCGUCACCCGGACGGAAUCUUCCUUUCAUCGGAAAACUCAAACCCUUUUAUCUUCUAUCAAUCUUGGUACUCCUAUUAGCAAUUUCAUUCAGUAUUAGCAAAACAGAUCAGUUCAAGAAACUCUUUUUUCUCAGAUCAAAUUGGCUGAAUCCAACAGUUCAGAAACAAAUUUCAAGAAACCCCAUUUACACAGCCCCUUAUUGUGUUCUAUGGAUGGCUCCAUUUCUUUCAGGAGGUGGGUACAGCUCAGAAGCUUGGUCAUACAUUUUAGCUUUACAUAAUUACUCAAUGAAUAAAAAUCCAAUCUUUAAUUUGAAAAUUGAGCAACAUGGGGAUCUUGAAAAUCUUGAAUUUUGGGAGGGUUUACCUUUAGAUAUGAGAAAUUUGGCUGUUGAGCUUUACCAUAGAGAAUGUAAGUUGAAUGAGACUGUUGUUGUUUGUCAUAGUGAGCCUGGUGCUUGGUAUCCUCCACUUUUUGAUACACUUCCAUGUCCACCUAUUGGUUAUGGUCAUUUUAAGGCUGUAGUUGGAAGGACCAUGUUUGAGACUGAUAGAGUUAAUGAUGAACAUGUAAAAAGGUGUAAUCUUUUGGAUUUUGUUUGGGUUCCUACUGAUUUUCAUGUGAAAACUUUUACUGAAAGUGGGGUUGAUCCAUUGAAAAUUGUCAAGAUUGUUCAGCCUGUUGAUCUUAUUUUUUUUGAUCCAGUGAAGUAUGAGGCAUUGGAUUUAGAGUCAUUAGGGAAUUCAGUGAUGGGGUCAUUUUCAAAUGGAGAAAAGUUUGUGUUCUUGAGUAUUUUCAAGUGGGAAUAUAGGAAAGGAUGGGAUGUUUUGUUGAGGUCUUACUUGAAGGAGUUUUCGGGAGGUGAUGAUGUGGUUUUGUAUCUGUUAACGAAUCCGUAUCAUUCUGAUAGGGAUUUUGGUAACAAGAUUGUUGAAUAUGUGGAGAAAUCGGAUUUGGAAGAACCGAAAGAUGGUUGGGCUAGAGUAUAUGUAAUCGACGAACACAUAGCUCAGGUUGAUAUGCCUAGGCUAUACAAGGCUGCUAAUGCAUUUGUUUUGCCAUCUAGAGGUGAAGGUUGGGGUAGGCCUAUUGUGGAGGCAAUGGCAAUGACUUUGCCCGUGAUUGCUACAAAUUGGUCAGGACCAACUGAGUUCAUGACAGAAGAUAAUAGUUACCCAUUGCCUGUCGAUAGUAUGAGUGAAGUCACAGAAGGUCCAUUUAAGGGGCAUUUAUGGGCUGAACCUUCGGUUAAUAAGCUGCAAAUGCUAAUGAGGCAUGUAAUGAGAAAUCAUGAGGAAGCUAAGGCCAGAGGUAAGCAGGCAAGGGAUGAUAUGAUGAGUAGGUUUUCUCCUGAUGUUGUUGCUGGCAUAGUUAGUGAUCAUAUUGAACACAUUAUUGAUCAUACACAGUGAUUGUUAUGUUCUCUUUAGGAUCGAGAAGAG